GGCUGACCGGAUGCACGGUGUUCGUCGACUCUGCGGACGUUUCGCAGCUUUUUGCGGCACUGACACAGCGGACAGUCUCCUCAUCUUUCCACCGCAGUCAAAUCCGAGCCGCUGUGUUUUCACUCAGCAGCGAUAUCAUGUCGGAUUUCGAGGAGUUUGAGAAGCAGCUGAGCGAGAAUCGACAAGAGCGAGAAAGAGAAAGGCACAAAAAGAGGAGUCGCAGUGGAUCUCCUGGCCGAGGCGACAAGCAUCGAAGCUGGAGCAAAGACCGGGGGAGUCGCAGCCGUGAGAAGCGAAGCCGGAGCCGAGAUAGAAAAAGCCGAGACCGUCGGAGCUCCUCACGGGACCAUAAGAAGCACAGCCACUCUCCGAGGCGGACAAGAAAGAAAAGGACCUGCAAGUACUGGGAUGUGCCUCCUCCUGGCUUUGAACACAUCACACCAAUGCAAUAUAAAGCUAUGCAAGCGGCUGGUCAGAUACCAACAAUAGCUCUGCUGGCGACGUCCACAACCACCGGAGUGGCUGCAGCACCGACACAAGUGCCCAUCGUCGGCAGUCAGAUGACCAGACAAGCAAGACGCCUCUACGUUGGAAACAUCCCCUUCGGAGUAACUGAGGAGUCCAUGGCGGAGUUCUUUAACGCUCAGAUGCGUCUUGCGGGCCUCUCACAAGCCCCGAGCAACCCCGUCCUGGCCGUGCAGAUUAAUCAGGAUAAGAACUUUGCUUUCCUAGAGUUUCGAUCUGUAGAUGAGACGACACAGGCCAUGGCCUUCGAUGGAAUCAUUUUCCAGGGUCAGUCGCUGAAGAUCAGACGACCUCACGACUACCGCCCUUUACCUGGCAUCUCAGAGCAGCCUGCUUUCCAUGUCCCAGGUGUCGUCUCCACCGUCGUUCCCGAUUCCCCCCAUAAACUGUUUAUAGGAGGCCUGCCCAACUACCUUAAUGACGAUCAGGUUAAGGAGCUCCUGACGUCGUUCGGGCCGCUCAAAGCGUUCAAUCUAGUGAAGGACAGUGCCACGUCACUGUCGAAAGGUUACGCCUUUUGUGAAUAUGUGGACAUCAGCGCCACUGAUCAGGCAGUAGCCGGGCUCAAUGGGAUGCAACUAGGUGACAAAAAGCUGAUCGUCCAGAGGGCGAGCGUGGGAGCCAAAAACGCCAAUCCUACCUCCAUCAUAGAGACCCCGGUGACGCUACAGGUGCCUGGGCUGCAGAGACUGCAGAACUCUGGCAUGCCCACGGAGGUGCUGUGCCUUCUCAACAUGGUGAUGCCAGAGGAGCUGGUGGACGACGAGGACUACGAGGAGAUCCUGGAGGACAUCCGCGAAGAGUGCUGCAAGUAUGGCAGCGUCCGCUCCAUCGAGAUCCCCCGGCCCGUCGACGGCGUGGAAGUCCCCGGCUGUGGAAAGAUCUUUGUGGAGUACGUUUCUGCCGCAGACUGUCAGAAAGCCAUGCAAGCCCUCACCGGCCGCAAGUUUGCCAACAGAGUGGUGGUCACCAAAUACUAUGAUCCAGACAUGUAUCACAGACACGAGUUUUGAAAGCACAGACGACUCCCUCCUCCUCCUUCUUUCUGUUUGUCCGCUGGGGUUCACUCAGUUUCUUUCCUCCUCUGAAUGUUGUGAACGUGUCCUUUAGAGACUAGACCUGGAAAAAGUUUUAUUCCAUCGUCUUCUUAACAAACUGGAUUGCAGUGUGUGUCUCUGAAUAACUCCCAGCUUUCGCCUAAUAUCCAAACAGUGAACUGAACUUAAAAAAAAUAAUAAAAAUACUGUAGUAUACAUUACAUUUGCAAUAGAAUGAAUGUGACAUGUAUCUUACCUAAACUAAUACUGCCUGACAAUGCCAGAGUAGCUGUCUAUCGAGAAUGCACUAUAUGAGAAAAAACUACAGUCAAAUGUUUAGAUUUUCUUCCUGAGCACAAACAUUUAUUUCUGUUUUAGAUCUAGAUUUUAAAAAAGCCAUCGAUAUGUUUAUUGUGUGGCUAUGAGAGGGGAAAAAAGGUUUUAUUUAUUUAUUUAUUUAUUUAUUUAUUUAUUUAUUUAUUUAUUUAUUUAUUUAUUUAUUUUUCCAAAAUAAUAUUUCUUGCUAUAUGCAUCAUAUAUUAAUGUUCUGUAAACAUAUACAAUGCUAUUUACCGGUACUGCUUACACAGACCAAAUGUUGACUUGUUUUGUGAAAAAUGAGAGGACACAUUUGUCAGUAGAGCCUCAAAGGUGAUUUUGUAAAUAUAAAAUAUCAGUGUCUAAAGAAAAGAGAUCUGUGUGAUUGGAAAAAUGCGCUAGAAGAUGUAUGAAUUAAAAAGAGGAUAAUAAUAAUAAAUACUGAAAUGGCUUGGUUGAAAAAAAUUCAACCAAAUAACGGUACCUUCGACCGUUUGUUAAGCCCCUCCCCCUAAGCAGCGUUUGGCCAAUCAUUGCUUAGCAAUUUCUUCCGUGAGCAACUUUUAGCCAAUCACAGCAAACGUAACUCCAGGGGGAUUAACCAAUCGUAGCUUUGCAGACGUUACAAGGCGCGAGUAGAAAGUAGAACUUUUGUAUGUUGAUGAUGUUAGCAUUUUUAGCUAGUGUAGUAUCUACAGUAGUAUCCAAGUGCUAUUUCCAAGGCUAAGAAAUGCUUCAUUCAUGCUAACUGCAUUAUCUUUCGAGGUUAAAGGUAGGAAAAAGUCCUUAAUCACUCCUGACUAAGGAGUGAGGACUUCUGAAUGGUUAUUACUUUACCAUACAGAAGCUGACUGUGGAUGCUAACGAAGUUUAAGCUAAUGUUAGCCACGCUGCUAUUAUGUUUGCGCUUCCUCACAAAGUUAUUAUUACUUCCGUCAUUUUUUCAGCCCUUCCCAGUUAGAUAUAAACUAAAAUCCUAGAAAUAUCAUUAAUUAAUCAUUGCUAAUACCCUGGACCUGGGUACGUUGCAGAUAAUAAAUGAUAAAUUAAUUGAAACUAUGACUUUGGGACUUUCCAUGUAGACAGAGGUCUGGAGCAGUAGAGAUUUUACAGCUCGGUUUAUCCUGAAAUCAGAUAUAAAAGCAUUUUUUCACAACACUACUGCUUACAGAGGAUAUGAAAGGUUAUUUUCAAAUGAAUGCUUUUUAUCUUAUGUUUUCUAUGAGUCAUGAAGGAUGAGAUGACACUAAUUGAAAUGUCUGGCAGCUGUAGCCUUAAUCUUUCAGCACAAUAUGUGCAUAUUCAAGACCUCCUUUUAAAAUUGUCCUUUCAAAACAAGUCAGCUGGAAACACUCUAAAAAUGGGGGUGACCAAUUAAUGAAAUAGCACUUUGACACAAUGCAGUUAGCAAAUUGCAAAGGCUGCAAGUUAAGAUAUGUGUUAGUCAAUACUCCAGACCAAAGGUUUAAAUUGUCUUCCUUGUGUGGUGGUCACGUUUCUGAUGGUUUAUCAUGUGGUAAUGCUCCAUCACAUUAUCUGUCUAUUAUAGACAAUUAUUGAACUGAAGCUUGACUUUUAAAACGGUAUUGUAAAUCCUAUUGCAUAUUUCUCUGAAAUAUUACAAUUAGAUUUUGUAUUUAAAUUGUCAUCCUUAUGCUGCUUUUAAACAAACACAUGUAAUAUUAAAUGACAAAUCUGACAGAAGAGUUGUUAUUUCAACUGGCAAAAUCACCAACCAGAAAUCAGAGGGUACUUUUGUCGCUCCCUGCCAUUCAAUAACUUAAUUUCACAAAUUACUUUGAAUGUUGAUGGUAAAUUUGCAGCCAUUACAGCAAAACUAACUCAGGAUGGGGGCUUAAUAAAUGGUCAGUUGUGUCUGUCUCACUAGCAGUACUCUAUAAUUUGUGAUCAAAGCCUGAAUAACUAAACCAAACCUGUCUUCAUGGUCUCACUUAUACAAUAAAGCGGGUAUGCACAUGUUGAGAGAAGCACCUUUAAGUUUUGUAGAUAGCAUAUGGAUGAAUUCAUUUUUAAAAGUUUCAUUCUUUGUCUGCCGUUUUGCAUUUGUUGAAGAAAAUGUCUGAAAUUAAAGCAUUAAUUUAUUCUGAAAUAUCUUAAAUCUGCUUACAAAAUGCAGGCACAAAUAUGGUAUUUGAACAAAUAUAUCAGAAAUUGGAAUGAAAGCCGAGUUUGCACACACAGUGAACUAUCUGUUCUGUUUCAAAGGAAACAAAUUGUAUUUUGGUGUAGUAAGCAGAACAUACCGUCCUGUGAUAAACAGCUACUGUAUUUUAUACAUUUUUGGAUGGCCAAAAAUUUCAAAACAUUUUUAGUUUGUUUAAUCCCUGCCACUGCCAUUGCCUUGAAUAAAUGCUUGCAUCAC